AUGGAUGAAGAUGUGAUCGUCGAAGGUACUGGAUUGACGAAAUCAUGGUUGAAAGAUCGUAUAGAGACGAAACUUCGACAUCGUCCAAGAGUAGCAAAGGUGGAACCACUUGGCCCGGAAGCACUUGGAUAUAUGUCUAUUAUUCGGCGUGUGCAUUUAGAAUGGGAUUGCAAUCAGAAAGAUCUUCCGAAUUCUGUCGUUGUGAAGAUUCCAAGUCCAUCUAAAGGAACGGAAACAUUUGAAAAGUCAUCCGGUGCUAAAACUUCAGAAGAGGAGAAGAAGAGAAUGCAGGAAAUUCCACAUGAAACAGAAACGAAAUUUUAUCGUACUGUGCAGAAUGGACUCCUACUCCGGUAA